AUGUUUAUAUUUCACAACGCGCAGCAUUAUUUCAAUGCCUUUCGGAAUCUCAAUGGCUGCUAUACAGAUAAUAAGUUAUUGAAAUAUUUUUUUAAAAAAAGUUACAACAAUUGGUUUAAUGACCCAAGUCAAUAUAACUAUUAUUUUAUAUCCUAUUAUGCUUCAGCAAUAUCCAUUGCUGUUGUUUUACGCAACUUAUUAUUUAAUCCUGAUGUGCAUUUUAGAAGGCAAGAUAAACGACGAAAUAUAAUUGAUAGAUAUCAGCAUCAUGCCUAUUCGCUUCCGUAUUAUAACCAUUGGUUAAGAAAUUUCAGUCAGUCAUUUAAAAGUAGUGUGAUAGACAAUGAACCAGAUUAUCAGGAGGUCGAUCCUUUAUCCUUUAGGCCCAAAAGAACCUUAUUUUAUGGACGAUUUCCAUUUUUUUUUGAAAUUCCCAAAUAUAAUGUAGAUGAUCCAUAUCACGAAAAAAAUUCACACAAAUAUAUGCAGGAAUAUUACACAAAUAUUGGUUAUAUUCCCGCAAUUGAAAACGCUGAGGAAUAA